AGCAAAUAUUUGAGGUUAUGGAUUAACUCAGGCAGCUGAGGCUAUCAUGGCGACAACAAGACGAUACCUCCAGUCCUUCACUGCCCACACCUGCUGAGUCUGAAACCCACCUGGAUCAAGGAAGCCAUCCAGCUUUUGAAAUGAAGGGAGCACAAUUGGAAAAUGAAACGAGGUUCCCAGAAUGAACUGGACUAAGUGAUGUGAGUUCUUUCAAAAUGUGGCGACUUGUGAGCUUUUUGGUGUUUGUGGCCUCCUGGUAUUCACUCAGUGGACAUGCCAACUCAGUGUUCUUUAGCAGCAAGAAAGCCAACCAAAUCCUGAGAAUUCAGAAGCGAGCUAAUUCAUUCCUGGAAGAGAUUAAGCCUGGCAACCUGGAGAGGGAAUGCAUCGAGGAGAUAUGUGACCUGGAAGAAGUCCAGGAGAUUUUUACAACUCGGGAAGAAACAUUGGCUUACUGGUCAAAGUAUGUGGAUGGAGACCAGUGUGAGCCUCAUCCCUGCCAUAAUGGGACCUGUAUUGACGGCAUUGGUAGCUUUCAGUGCAUCUGCAACAAAGGCUGGGAAGGACGCCUUUGUGGGUAUGAGGAAAGCCACACCAACUGCUCCGUAGACAAUGGUGGUUGUGACCACUACUGCACUGAAGACCUCAAGAAUCAGCAACGCUACUGCAGCUGUGCCCCUGGAUAUCGGGAGAGCGACAACCCCAUGGAGUGUGAACCUGUCGCCAAUUUUCCAUGUGGGAAACCAAAGGUGAAUUACCCAACACCAAAUUCUGAAGAACUACAAGUUCGCAUCUUAGGGGGGAGACCAGCCAACAAAGGUGACAGCCCAUGGCAGGUGAUACUGUUGGACUCCAGGUCGAAGUUAAAGUGUGGGGGUGUCCUUAUUCAUUCUUCCUGGGUGCUGACUGCAGCCCACUGUGUGGAACAUCCAAAAUACCUUACCGUAAGACUUGGUGAGUACGACAUCCGGAGGUUUGAGAACUCAGAGAUGGAUUUUAACAUACAGGAAGCUAUCGUGCACCCAAACUAUACCAAAAGUACCUCAGACAAUGACAUCGCACUGCUCUACCUGAACAAGCCUGUUGUCUUCUCCAAAUACAUCCUACCCAUCUGCCUUCCCAACUUGGGACUGGCCCAUCGAGAGCUCAUGAAGGUGGGGAGGGAAACAGUGGUAACCGGCUGGGGCCGUCAGGUUGAAGAGUCCAAGAACCGCACCUAUAUCCUCAGGUUCAUCAGCAUCCCCCUGGUCUCUUAUGUUGAAUGCUCUCAAACCAUGCACAACAGUGUCUCAGAGAACAUGCUCUGCGCAGGAGUCCUUGGUGACAACCGGGAUGCUUGUGAAGGGGACAGUGGGGGGCCCAUGAUCACUGAAUUCCGGGGUACGUGGUUCCUAGUGGGCCUGGUGAGCUGGGGAGAGGGCUGUGGGCGACCCAACAACUUUGGCAUCUACACCAAAGUCAGCCAGUAUCUCCACUGGAUACACGGCCAUAUCAAAGCAAAAGAACUAUUGUCAAAGAGUAAGAAAGCGUCUUAGUCUCCUGAAGGACUCAGCGGAGUUCAGAGCCCUAAGUGAGGUAUGGGCCCGUCCACCAGCAUUAAACAGAGUGCAAAGCUUGCCCACGUCCACCUUCCUCAGGCUGUGAUAACUAUUAAUUAACUAUUGUAGGUAGAAAGGAGAUGUUCUGUAGAAUAAAAGACACGGACCUACUGCUUAGCAAGCGCAUUGCCAUCUAGUCACGGCAGACGACAUCUACCUACACGGGGAGCAUCUUCAGACUGCGCCUUUGACCUGGCUUCCUUCAAGACUCAGAUCAAAUGCCACCUUCUGCAGGGGCCCUUUUCUGGUCCUUUCAUUCAUGUAAGCCUUCCAUUUCAAGGUUUUCUUUCCACUAUUCUGUAUAUCUCUUAUUGUCUCUAUUAUUUACAUGUUGUCACCUCCUGAGGAGCUUUCUGUUAGUGUGUAAGCUCCUUAAGGGAAGGGACUGUUUUUGUGUUUUUGCCUUUCUUUGUAUCCCUAACACCCAACACAAUGCCUGGAAGAUAGUUGGAUGAUAAUACAUGCUAUUAAUUAAUUAAGCUUAAUAAAUGCUUUAUUGAUGGAAAACAGAAA